UGUGGGUGUAGCUGGACCCCGAGCAGACUGGUUUCAUUGCGGUGGAGAACUUCACCAGUCUGGCGGAGCAGCAUGAGCUGCAGCUGGACCCCAGCAAGCUGGACAUGCUGCUGGCCCUCGUUCAGAGCGACCAGCACGGCCACGUCUGCUACCAGGAGCUCAUCGAGCUGCUAAGCAGCAAGCGCUCCAGUAGUUUCCGGCGUGCUAUUGCCAAUGGGCGGCGCACUCUGCAGCGCGAGAUCCUAUUGGACGAGACGGGCCUGGGCGUGUACAAGCGCUUUGUGCGCUACGUGGCGUAUGAGAUCCUCCCGUGUGAGACGGACAGACGCUGGUACUUUCAUCAGAACAGGCUCUGUCCUCCACCUGUCUUCAUGGCCAUCGUCACCAUAGUGCAGAUUGUGGUGUUUAUGUGUUAUGGGGUGAGGCUCAACAAGUGGGUUCUGCAGACAUAUCAGCCAGACUUCAUGAAGAGCCCACUGGUGUAUCAUCCAGGACACCGAGCCCAAGUCUGGAGAUUCUUCAGCUACAUGUUCAUGCAUGUUGGGUUGGAGCAGCUGGGUUUUAAUGCGCUACUCCAGCUGAUGAUUGGCGUUCCUCUGGAGAUGGUACACGGAAUUCUGAGAAUCAGCCUUCUCUAUAUGGCAGGAGUGGUGGCAGGUUCUCUCACUGUCUCUAUCACUGAUAUGCGAGCGCCGGUGGUCGGUGGCUCUGGAGGAGUCUACGCACUCUGCUCUGCCCAUCUUGCCAACGUCGUCAUGAACUGGGCCGGGAUGAAGUGUCCGUACAAGUUACUGCGGAUGAUCCUCGCGCUGGUUUGCAUGAGCUCAGAGGUGGGCCGAGCGGUGUGGCUGCGCUUCUCGCCGCCGUUGCCGUCGUCAGGGCCGCAGCCGAGCUUCAUGGCCCACCUGUCGGGUGCCGUGGUGGGGAUCAGCAUGGGCCUGCUUAUCUUGCGCAGCUACGAGGAGUCGCUGCACAAGCAGUGCUCAUGGUGGGUCCUCGUCUUCUCCUUCGUCACCUUCCUACUCUUCGCCAUCUUCUGGAACAUCUUCGCGUACGAGCUGUUAGGAGUCCAAAUUCCGCCUCCACCCUGAUGAUACGCCCCCGACCUUUUCCUCACUCCGGCUGCGGAUGGCCACACAACCUUCAAGAAACUGGAUUUCUUGAUGGCCUCACUCCCCUUUUUGUUACAGGCUCCGCCCCCCCUUUUGACCAAUACUGGACGGAUGGUCCAAACAGGAAGAUUG